AUGCGUACAUGUACGCUACUCCCGGCGGCUGGGAUACUCUCCUUGUUGACGGCUCUGACCGCGGCCUACACGACGCACGAGGAAGACGUCCGACUCUUGCAUUCAGGACGACCUCAGAUCAAGCUCUGGCAGACGAUUCAGAAGCAUCGUCAGCAAGGGCAGGAAUACUCGUCCAAUCUCCCUGAGAAGAGCUUCGAUCAGAAGGUCUUCACUGUCGGGAAGGGCCAACCUGAGUGGCAGAAACAUGGACACUUACACUACGAGCCGCACUGUUUCUAUCAACCGCUCGAUCACUAUGAUCCCAAGAACAGCGUGACGUUCUGCCAGCGAUACUGGGUCAGUCUGCGACACUGGAACAAGGAGCAGAAAGACUCUCCGGUCUACGUGCUUGAUGGAGGGGAAACUUCUGGGGCCAACAGACUGCCAUUCCUGGACACCGGUAUUCUCGAUAUCCUUACCAACGCUACGGGUGGGAUCGGGAUCGUCUUGGAACAUCGAUACUAUGGCAAAUCGUUACCGAACGUUUCUUACCCAUCCGGCGAGCCGUUCACACUGUCAACCGAUGAUCUGCGUUUCCUCACCUCCGAACAAGCCUUGAUGGACUCGGCCCGGCUGAUUCAGGGGUUGGACCUAUCACACUUGGACAAACACCUGAACCGCGAUAGCCUCAGCAACGAAGCCAGACCUUGGAUCUGGUAUGGAGGGAGUUAUGCUGGGGCGAUGACGGCGUUCCUGGUAAAAGGCUGGGGAUACGAUAACGGUACCAUGCUCGAUCAGAUGCCUCCCCCUCACCCGGCCAUCAUCGCAUUGUACCCUCACCGACUACCUAGACGGUACGAGAACGUCACUCUCGGCGACCAUUCCCGGAUCUCUAUCAACAUCUCCAGCGAAACCCCGCCCCCAUUCAUACCCAGAGGACUGGUAUGGGGAGGAAUCGCUUCCUCCGCCGUCACCCACGCUCAGACAUCUUACCCCGAAUACUUCCAAGCCAUCCAAGAAUGGGCACCGGACGAAUGUAUGCGUACGAUGGAGGAUACGAUCGAGACGAUCGACCAGCUGCUAGACAUACAGGGCGGCAAGUGGAGGCGUACCGUACAGGGUUGGUUCGGGUUGGAAGACCUCGAGCACGUAGAGGAUUUCGGAGACGUCUUGGCUAGCGUGUUGGGAGGGUGGCAAGGGAGGAAUUGGGACCCUAAAAUCGGUUCGGACGAGUUUUACCGAUUCUGCGACGUCCUUACUAGUCAGCCUUCGAAGGAGAUCUUGAGCCUGGGUGGUCUUCACCUGCCCCUCCGCGUGGGACCACUCAAGAUCCCCGUGGCUAUCUACCAGUACGCGCAAUACGUCCGCGAUAUGGUCGAAGAAUCGUGUCCCUUGGUCAAAGACGGGAAACCGGAUGUCGAACAAUGUUUCGGCAGCUUCGACCCUGAGCCUUAUAAGCAGACGGGGCUCGAACAAAAAUGGCGUCUUUGGCUUUGGCAAGUCUGCGAGAAUUGGGGUUAUUUCAUGCCCGCGCCCCUGGAGGGAAAACGUAUCAUCUCCAAAUUCUUGGACUUGGAAUUCACCUCGAAGACUUGUCGAGUUGCCUUCCCUCCUGGCGAGCACUUCAAGCUACCGAACCCUGGGAAGCCAGAUGUAGAGAGGGUCAACGCGAGGGGCGAUUUCGCAAUCGAGUCGUCUCGAUUGGCAUUUAUCGACGGAGACUCGGACCCUUGGAGACCGGCCACCCCACAAUCGGACUAUGCGCUCAAGCGAAAGUCUUCCCUGAACAAGCCCGUGAUCAUGAUCAAAGAUGCCGUGCAUCAUUUCGACGAGAACGGUCUAAAAGACCCGAGCGAGGAACCCAAGAGGAUCCGGAAGGUACAUCAGCAGGAGGUGGAGUUUGUCCAGUCUUGGGUGCAGGAGUGGAAGGAGAAGAAACAGCAGUUGUAG